AUGGCUCUUGGGUGUCCAGGUAAUGAGCAGAGUUUGAAGCAAACUGAAGGAUAAGAAUACCUGAGCCCUGGCCAGCCAGAGAUUGGCUUUAGUGAUGUGACCCCUGCUGUCAUGAAUCCUCUCUCGCAGCCACGCUCUGUUCCUUUGGCAGAAGAAAUAUGCUGGACCAUAUCAGACAUGAAUGCACAUCAUGUGGUGGUCACUCAGGAAACUUUAAUGGAGCAGUUAGUGAAAAAUUAUCCAGGCAUUGCAGUGCCCUCCCACAAUGUUUUAUAUAAUAUCCUUGGCACUCUAAUUAAAGAAAGAAAAAUCUAUCAUACAGGAGAAGGAUAUUUCAUUGUGACUCCCAACACUUACUUUAUCACAAAUGAUGCCACAGAACACAAGAAAAGGAUCCUGUUGGAGGACAGUUGUUGCUGUUCAUCACCUUCCAUCACUUACCUGGUAAACAUUAAGCCCUGCACAGACCUAAUGAAAGAAAGCAUUCCUUCAGUACCCUGUUACAGAUCCUGCCAUUGCUUCCCUGACCAAAACAUGCUCUGUGAACAAAGGCAUCAGCAGGUGAUGAGCCAUGGAUCUAAUGGAGAGGGAAAGAGAGGCUGCAGCGAAUUGAAGUCUUCAAUUCGAACUCAAGGCAUCUCCACAUCUGCUGAGAACCAUUCCUGGGACACCAUCAAAUCCCUGACAUCUGUGAAAGCAAAACUGAAAAGCAAAAUGUUUGGCCUUGGCCUUUUCUGGAGAAGUGGUUCUAAAAAAGAAAAACACAAGAAAGAGUACUCCACUUUUUCAGGCCAGUUUCCUCCCCAGGAGUGGCCAGUCAGGGAUGAAGAUGACUUAGACAACAUUCCACGUGACAUUGAACAUGAAAUCAUCAAGCGUAUUAACCCUACUCUCACAGUUGAUAAUUUGAUUAAACACACAAUAUUAAUGCAGAAGUUUGAGGAGAAGAAAAAAAGUAUCAGUAAAGAGAAAAAAUACAUCAGUAAUAGUACCUCAGCUGAAGUGCCAACACUCAGGCAAAACCAUCUUUCAAAGGAUUGUAUUCAAAGGGCACCCAGUAAAACAGUAAAACACACCAGGAAAACCAAAUCAAAGAAGAAAAAGCAGAUUAGCAGGAGCAGCAGGAAAUCUCACAUACAGAAGCUAACAUCCCAAAACGUGAAACUGGAAGGGAGCUUUUCACUGCCCAUCAAAAACCCAGAGCCACCUGAUGCAGCAGUGGAAUCCCACGUGAUAUACAAGAAGCAGAUUAAGAACCCUUUCCAGGGUCUGCCAUGGAGACCUCGCAGCUUUCAUGCCAGAGGGCACCAAGGUGGUGGCAACAGUCAGCUGAAGUGCCAGACUGAAAAGGGAGGAAGGGCUUUCCAAAGGCCACCAUCCUCAGCCUCCUCAGGACCCUUUGGCUGGGAAACUGAAAGGCUGCAUGCAGAAAGUGAGGCUGACAAAGCUAAGCAAAACAACCUACUCCAUGCUAAGAGGUCUGACCUUCAACUAAAGAAAGACAGUUUCAGUGAAAAGAGUAGUUGCCCACAAGGAAGUAAUCUGCAAAUAGAUAACAGAAGUAGACACUUCCUGGAGAGUAAUAUUUCUGAAGAAAAUGUCUAUAAAAGAACAGUAAAAAAAAAAUCCCCUUGCUCCUACAUUGAAGAUAAUGGUGUGUGCAAAGAGGAGGCAAAAUUUCCAUUCUACCUGAAAGAUGAGCAUUGCAGAUGCAAAGCAGACGCUGUAAGUGAGCUGUUAGAUCGAAGAGCCAGUGAGUUUCAAAAUGUCCAUCUUUCAAAUUAUAUGGCCAGUGUUAAUCUGGCCCCAAAAAGUGGUGUGAAACACAGACCAAAGACUGAUAAAAAGAGUGAACUUCUGUUAAACUAUGACUGUGCCAGCCAUCCUGGAUCAAUGGAGCUGCAAAGGGAAGGGUUUACUGACAACUCCCAUCUUCUGUACCAAAAGGGACACAAUGGUGACACCUGCACCUCGUCACAUCUGGAUGAGAAUUCUGAACACCUGUCCCCUGGCCAUGCCUUUUCAGACACACGAGAGUGGAGUACAGCUGUGUCCCUAAAAGCCUCUGAGGUUAGUACCUGCCCUGCCCAGCACGACACAACCACAAAUAAAUGUGAUGUAAGGUGUAAGGGAAGUGCUGGCCUUGAAGAAUCACCAGAUGGCUCAAAGGAGCAUCCAAAACCAGACUGCACAGAGGAAAGCUGGCUGUGCAGUCAGGUUCUUCUGCAAGGCCACAGAAAGGCUGAAGAACCUGGCCUCACUGAAUGUGGGAAGGGCUCAGCUGAUUUCUGCCAGGCUGACUCUGGCACUUUGCAGAACUUCAUCCGUGAGGAGGGCGAAGGAGCAGCACGCUGUGCUUUGGGCUCAUGGAUCACAGAAGUGAGAACCCCUCCAGGACAAAAAGAGCAGCUUGUAAAGAAUACAUGUCCUGUGACCCCAGAACAGAACCACUCAGAAGGGACAGAAAACCACAGCAUUACAGGAGACAGUGGAAUUGACUCCCCAAGGUGGACUGAAAAGAAGAUGAAGCUUCCUGCCAAAUUCUAA